AUGUCACUUAUAGCAAAUGAUGGUUCAAUCGAUUGCAAUAUUUAGACCUUAAAUUAAUUAAUUAUGGAAUUUUACUUGGCACCCUUUAAUUAUAAGCAUUUUGGUAGUAUUCAAGUAAGAAUGUUUAAAAUGUUUGAAAAAAAGAUUGCUUCGGAUUAAGAAUCUGAUAUUAUAGAAAUAUUUAAAAUAUGUUUGAGAGAUUAUGCUUCUGUAUUCUGACAAUGCAUUAUUUAAUAGGAAUUGCUUUAAGAGUUCUCUGAAGAGAAUUUCAAGUAAGUUGAAAAUCUGUGGGAAAUUCAUUAUCGUCUUUAAGCUACUAGUCUAAAAACAGAAAGAUUGUAUGAGAUUUAUUACGGUUUAUUUAAAAUUAAAACACCAUGUCCUUAUGGUACAACCAUUAUUAAUUCUUAAGAUUUUUUCCAAAUCCAUUUUGAUAUUGCUAAGAAAAAGAGAUCAAAUUUAUAAGAUUCAAGAAAGGUGCAUCAAUAAUAUAUAAAAGAACGCAUGAAGUAAAAAGUCACAUUAGUAAAGAUUUUGUAAGAAUAAUGUUUAUCAUAAAAACCUUAACAACAGAAUAGUGAAUGUAAUUAAUUGAAAUCAAUUUAAAAAAAUACAUAAUCUAUUCAAAAAUAAAAAGAUAAACUUCCUACACAGUCUACUAUUAAUGUGAGGAAUGAAUUUAAAGAGUUUGAAGAUCGUUUAUCUAAAUUUGAAAACAGUUCAAAUAAAUUAGAACCAACAUUUUCUGCUUCAUGGACAUAAAAAUAUAGGAAUUUAUUCUUGAAAAGGAAAAAGUGA